UUUUUUCUCUCUCUUUAUUAUUAUUACCAUGACCAAAAGACUUGUUUUGGUUAUCUUGUCUUUGUUCUUUGUUGUUACAUUCUAUAGUUUAUCUCAACAUGGUUGUAAAAAAACCACUAGGAUUGUCAGAGAAUCCAUGGCACUAACACAACAAGUUCCAUUUUCAAGCCAACAAGCCAAAUACAUGAAUUUAAACAACAUGUCUCAAGAACAUGUCCUUAUACUAACCCCUUUAAAAAAUGCGGAACCCUACUUAGACCGCUAUUUUGAACUAUUGGACUCAUUAGACUAUCCUAAACAUUUGAUCAGUCUUGCCUUUCUUGUGUCAGACACAACAGACAAUACUAUGGACAUGCUUUAUCAACAUGCUAAUGCAUACCAUCGCAUGGAUAUCUUUGUCAAGGACUUCAGCUAUCGAUUGCCUCAAUCCAAUCGUCAUGGAUUUGAUAUUCAACCACUAAGACGUUCUUUUAUGGCUCGGUCUCGUAAUUAUCUAUUGACAGCCGCAUUACGAGAAGAACAUUCCUGGGUACUUUGGCUUGAUGUGGAUAUUGUUCAAUACCCCACACACAUCCUAAAAGAUCUUCAGUCGUUGAAUCUGGAUAUUGUUGUACCCAACUGUCUUAAGUAUACAGAAGAUGGGAGUUUUUGGGGAUACGAUAAGAAUAAUUGGCAAGAAACAGUUGAAUCCAUUGCACUUCAACAAUCACUUGAUACAGUAAAGUCUUUCUUUGUCUGAUAUCGAGACUCAUGUAUUGAUAGGACUUUGUGUUAUUAGAAGGUACAUGGUGUUGAACAACUAUGGUACCUGUACCUUUAGAUGGCGUGG